AACAUCGUGAGUUACGACUUUAGGCAUGGCAGAAGAACCGACGAAACAAGGAAUAAUCGCAGAUAAAGUCUCAAAUUUAAUUCCAUUUUUAAGAUCGUGCAGGAAAGAAUGCUCUGAACCUAUCGAAGGAAUUGUCACUGGUGAAAUCCCUAGGUGGCUACGGGGAAGUUUGCUCAGGAAUGGUGGAGGUUUGAUGGAAAUUGGUCCUGAUAAAUACAAUCACGUGUUUGAUAGCCUGGCGCUGUUACAUAAGUUUCGCAUCCAAGAUGGUCACGUGAUGUACUCAAAUCGUUUCUUGCAGAGUGAAGCAUACAAACGCAACAUGAAAGCAAACCGUAUCGUAGUGACAGAAUUUGGCACCAGAGGCCAUCCUGAUCCAUGCAAAACUCUCUUUCAAAGGUUUAUGUCCGUGUUUACCAUGGAUGAAUUUUCUGACAAUGACGUUGUGAGCAUUUUUCAACUGGGAGACCAAUUCUAUGCAUGUUCAGAGACGAAUUUCAUUCACAGAGUAGAUCCCGAAACUUUGGAAACUACAGGCAGGGUAGAUUUGAGCAAGUACCUUGCUGUCAACACAGCCACGGCUCAUCCUCAUGUUGAUACUGAUGGGACACAAUACAACAUGGGGAACGGGUUCAAACUAAGUGGACCAACGUACAACGUUUUGAAAAUUCCUCCUCCAUCAGAUGAGGGCAACAAUCCUUUUAGUAAAGCGUCAAUAAUGUGUUCAAUUCCUGCAAGUUACCGCUUUUACCCAAGUUACUACCACAGUUUUGGUAUAACAGAUAAUUAUAUUGUGUUUGUUGAGCAGCCAUUAUUGUUGUCGUUAUGGAAAAUGUUAUGGCUUCACGUUCGAGGGAAUGCCUAUAUAGACGCCAUAGAAUGGCACCCAGAACUAAAGGCUUACUUUCACGUCAUCGAUAGAUAUACAGGGCGACCUUUGCCAGUAAAUUACUCAGCAUUAUCGUUUAUGGUGUUUCAUCAUAUCAACGCAUAUGAGGAGUCUGGUCACCUGGUGGUAGACAUGUGUUGUUAUAAUGAUGCUAACGUUAUCAAAGCGCUGUGUGUAUCCCAAUUUGAGAAAAUGAAAAAUAAUCCACAACAUUUCGCUGAUAUGGUUUAUAGUCAGCCCCGAAGAUACGUGCUGCCUCUGAACAUACCACAGGACAAAAUCGAGUCUGAAAAUCUAAUGAAACUUCCAGGGUGUAAAGCUACUGCCUUUGUUCAACCAGACCAAUCAGUUUUAUGUCAUUAUGAAGCACUAACAGAAUCAGGUUCUGGUUCUACCGAAAUGCCAAGAAUUAAUUAUGAAAAAUACAAUGGUCGAAAAUAUCGAUUUUUCUACGCCUUAGGAAACAGAGAAUCCGAUUUAACAACAUAUAUUAUUAAAGUUGACACGGAAACAAAAACGAACAAGAUUUGGAGCGAAAACAAACGAAUACCCUCAGAACCAGUGUUUGUCGCCAGUCCGUAUGCUGUUGACGAAGACGAUGGUGUCGUUUUAUCCUCUCUACUUCACGAAGAGAACGAAAAUAGAAUAGGGAUAUUGAUUUUGGAUGGCAAGUCAAUGAAAGAACUCGGACGUUCAGAGUUUAAAACCGAGUCUUCUGUACCUGGAAGCUUUCAUGGUAUUUUUACAGAUGUGUGUUAAAGACACGAAAUAUCUUCAGGAGAUUAAGAAGCCUGUUUAACUCUAUCAUGAAACGAUGCAAGUCUGCCCAGAAGUGCUGCCAUUCAACAGUAGUUCACGUUGCAUAAUUACUGUUUCACCAAUUUUUGAUGAUUGACAUAUAUAUGUAUGAAUAUACUAAUUACUCUUUA